GUUCCCUCUUGACAGUUAGGGCCAUGUACGUUUGAAAAUUCGAUGUAUGUAACAGAUUUAAUGGCUGCUGGAAGGUCGUGAGAGGACAAGUUCGCAUGAGCCAGCGGCACACUCGCGUUUUUCGUGUGCCUUUCGUUUUAGCGCGCGUUUCAACGCCGCGACUCAACCGCGAUUAAUAGCACGCCGACCGUGUCGGAUUUCGAUUUAUUUGUCAUCUUGCUAGAGGAAGUCCCAAGUGAGUCAUUCUUUUAGGCAAGUUAAUCAAUCAUGGAACAAGAUACAGAGUAUGUGAAAUUGCCUUUGGAGGAGCGCUGUGCACACAAGUCUUGGCGCGCACGUUUACAUGGAUAUGAGGAAUGCGUGAAGACAUUCCAGUGCAUUGAUGAUGAAAAAUCACCAGAGUGGAACAAGUAUAUGGGUUUUAUCAAGAAGUUUGUGGUGGAUAGCAAUGCGGCUGCACAGGAGAAGGGCUUGGAAGCAACCCUAGCUUUCGUAGAGAACGCUACAGUAGCCGGCAAGAUAGUCGCCGAGGUGAUGAAUGGCAUUGUAUCCAAAUGCAUCGCUGCGCCUAAGGCUAAAACAAAGGAACUGGCUGUGCAAAUCACACUGAUGUAUAUCGAGAUUGAGAAAUAUGAGGCGGUGCAGGAGGAGCUACUGAAGGGCACCGAUGCAAAGAAUCCGAAAAUUGUUUCAGCGUGCAUCGCUACCUUAACGCUAGCACUUAAGGAGUUUGGACCAAAAGUUAUCAAUAUGAAGCCGUUAAUGAAGAAGAUGGGAAAUUUCCUCGAAGAUAGGGACAAGACAGUGCGAGAGGAGGGUAAGGCUAUGGUGGUAGAAAUGUAUCGGUGGAUAGGCGAUCGUUUGAAGCAGCAACUGAAUACGUUGAAGCCAGUGCACAUCACGGAGCUCGAGGCGGAGUUUAACAAUUUCGGUGACGAGAAAGUAAUGCCCACGCGUUACCUACGCUCGCAGAAGCCGAAAAAUAUGAGCAAGAAUGGUGACUUAGCGGCAGGAAGCGAUAACAACGGCGAGGAUGAAAACGAAGACGCAGAUGGUGCUUCUAUCCCGGAUAUAGAUCCUUACGAUCUGUUGGCGCCUGUAGAUAUUUUGUCAAAACUACCGAAAGACUUCUACGAAAAAGUCGAAGCAAAGAAAUGGCAGGAGCGAAAAGAAGCGCUGGAAGCGCUCGAAACGCUCGUUAAAAAUCCGAAAUUGGAAAAUGGUGAUUAUGGCGAUGUUGUGAGAGCCUUGAAGAAGAUUAUCUCAAAAGAUAGUAAUGUAGUGGUAGUCACACUAGCGGGGAAGUGUCUAGCCGGCCUAGCUACAGGCUUGAAAAAACGAUUUCAGCCGUACGCCACUGCUUGUCUACCCACUGUACUAGAAAAGUUUCGUGAGAAGAAACAGACGGUGGUGCAGGCGUUGCGGGAGCUCGCCGACGCCAUUUACGAGAGCAUCAGCAUUGAUCUUAUCCUUGAGGACACUUUGGCCGCUUUGGAGAAUAAGAACCCAGCUGUAAAAGCUGAGACGGCCGCUUACCUGGCUCGAUGUUUCGCACGCACGCCACCGGCCAAUCUCAAUAAGAAACUACUUAAAUCAUAUACCAGUGCAUUGCUGAAGACGCUAAACGAGCCGGAUCCAACGGUGCGCGACAACUCGGCGGAAGCGCUUGGCACGGCGAUGAAAUUGAUUGGCGAAAAGGCAAUGAUGCCGUUCCUCACAGACAUCGACAAUUUGAAGAUGACGAAGAUUAAGGAGUGCGCCGACAAGGCAGUGAUACUAGUAAAAAUGACGGGUGGUACGAAGCGACAGGAACGACCUAACACCGCUCCGGCCAAAGUGGAACAGCAACAGGUGAACAAAGUGAGCAAGGACAAUUUGAAGAAUGCUAAAUCGAAAAGAGCCCAUACCGCGACAAAGAAGUCAACGGCCAAGAAACCUGGUAGCGCUUCAUCAGUCACAAAUGUAGCUUUGUCCGCAAAGAAAGCGGUACGGAUAGAAAGAAAUUACAGUCCAGAGGAAAUUGACGAAAUGGCGGCGCAACUUUUGCCGACCGAAAUAAUUACUGGUCUUGUGGACAGUAACUGGAAAACACGUCUGGCCGCAGUUACGCAGCUAUCGGACACCAUUAAGAUGAUGGAUUCGACAGAAGUAUCGGCCCAGGUGUUUGUUCGCACUCUCGCGAAGAAGCCUGGCUUUAAGGACACGAAUUUCCAAGUACUGAAAUUGCGCAUAGAAAUUGUCAAAUAUCUGGCGGAGAAUCAUCCUUUUACGGCCACCGUUGCCGAAUACUGUCUUAUGGAUAUCGCAGAAAAAUUAGCAGAUGCGAAGAACAGUUCGAUCGCUAUAGAGACCUUGCUAGCAAUCGCCGAGGCUAUAAGCUUCGAGUAUGUGACUGAUGAAAUAGUAGCGUUUGCAUUUAAUCAAAAAAAUCCGAAAGUGCAGCAGGAGACACUAUUAUGGCUGUGCCGUGGACUCACAGAGUUUGGUUGUAGUCUCAACAUCAAAUCAAUCAUUGAGAAUAUCAAGAAGGCAGUAGGGGCGACAAAUCCCGGCGUACGCACCGCCGCGAUUACUUUGAUAGGCACUUUAUAUCUCUAUAUGGGCAGACCGCUGUUGACAUUCUUCGAAAACGAGAAGCCCGCGCUGCGACAGCAGAUUGAACAAGAAUGCGAGAGGCGUAAUGGCGAAACGCCUCCGACGCCCAUUCGCGGCGCCAAGGCUGGAAAGGUUAAUACUAUCGCUGGCGAGGACGAGGACGAGGACGCAGAAGAAUCGUUGUCGGAGAAGAGAGUAAGCGGGAGCGAGCCAGAGCUCAAUGAAUUAAUUCCGCGCGUCGACAUUAAAGAUCAAAUCACUGAGGCACUGCUAGCCGAAUUGGCCGACAAGAAUUGGAAAGUGCGUAACGAGGCGCUGCAGAAAGUGAAUAUUCUCCUUAGUGAAGCGAAGUUCAUCAAACCGACUAUCGGUGAUUUGCCACAGGGAUUGGCUCUACGUCUCGUAGACAGCAAUAGCAAGAUCGCACAAGCAACUCUAGGUAUAUGCGAAAUGUUGGCAACGGCUAUUGGACCGCCAGUCAAACAACAUAUUCGCGCUCUGUUUCCCGGCUUUCUACAAUGUCUGGGUGAUAGCAAAAAUUGGAUUAGAACAGCUGCCAUCUCCUGCAUCAACACAUGGGGAGAUCAGUGCGGUUGUAAAGAGUUCUUCGAUGGCGAGAUGAUAGGAGAUGCUCUGAAAACGGGCUCGCCAGUGCUGCGAAUCGAACUAUGGAACUGGCUGGCGCAGAAAUUGCCUUUGAUACCGGUGAAACAGAUUCCCAAAGAGGAACUUCUCGUGUGUCUUUCCUACUUAUAUACUAAUCUAGAAGAUCGCAAUUCGGACGUACGAAAGAACGCUCAGGAAGCUGUUCUUGGAUUUAUGAUUCAUCUCUCUUACGAAGUUAUGGCAAGAAACACCGAAAAACUGAAGCCAGGGUCACGGACGGUGGUAAUUGCCGCACUGGACAAAGCUCGUCCCAGUUUACCUAUAAAACCUCUACCCAAGAAAGAACCUUCAGACGACAAUAUUCAGAAGAGUGGCGCAAAAGGUGCAAAAGUUGUGAAAGUGGUUAAAUCGAAGGGCGGAUCAUCAAAACCAGGCAGCGCUCGUAAGAAAGAUGAUGAUGUAGAUAACAGUCCUCUGCUGGUGGUCAAUAAUUUGAAACAUCAACGUGUAAUUGAUGAGCAAAAGUUGAAGGUGCUUAAGUGGAACUUUACCACGCCUAGAGAAGAAUUCGUUGAGCUUCUAAAGGAUCUUAUGACUGCAGCAAAUGUCAACAAGACUUUAAGAGCAAAUAUGUUUCAUUCUGAUUUCCGAUAUCAUUUAAAGGCUAUCGAAACACUCACCGAGGAUUUACCUGGGAAUAGCAAAGCAUUGGUAUCUAAUUUGGACCUCAUUCUCAAAUGGUUGACAUUACGAUUUUUUGAUACUAAUCCUUCUGUGCUUUUGAAAGGAUUGGAUUAUUUACAAUUGGUUUUUAAUAUGUUAAUUGAAGAUCAAUAUCACAUGCUGGAAACAGAGGCAGCAUCGUUUAUUCCCUAUCUUAUUAUCAAAAUAGGCGAUCCAAAGGAUGCUGUACGUAAUGGCGUACGAGCUUUAUUUAAACAAAUUGCUCUAGUAUAUCCCGUGAGCAAAUUAUUCUCAUAUGUGAUGGAGGGUUUGAAAUCAAAGAAUGCACGACAGCGAACAGAAUGUCUGGAUCAAUUAGGCUCGCUAAUUGAGAAUUAUGGAGUUUCUGUUUGUCAACCCAGCCCUUCUGCGGCAUUAAAAGAAGUCGCGAAGCAAAUAGCGGAUCGCGACAAUUCCGUUCGCAACGCCGCAUUAAAUUGCAUUGUCCAAGCCUACUUCCUACAAGGAGAGCGUGUAUUCAAGCUUAUUGGUCAGAUAUCGGAGAAAGACAGGUCGCUCUUAGACGAGCGAAUCAAGAGGGCGGCGAAAAAUCGGCCCACAAAGUCUGCAUCCUCUACGAGACUCUCCACGCCCACAAUCGCGACUUCUAGUCCGCCAACAGACGACAUGGAGGCGGACUAUGAAGAGGAACAGGAAGAAAUUCCCGAGCCAAUGGAACCAGCGCCAGAGCUGACACAUGCUUCGAGCACUACUGAUAAUAAUGAGGACGAUCAAGUGUCUUCUGCGGUCAUACAAUCCGAAUCGCCUUCAAAAUCGGGACAAGAAAUUACCAACGAUUACGCAACUGACGAUGCGAAAACAAAUUCUCCUACUUCAACUCAACUAAAGGUUCCCUCUGGUCCAUUUGGGCUGGACAUGGAAUUCCUGCAGAAAAUUGAAGGUCCAGUAAAAUGUUGUAAUCCGGUACUUGUAGAACUUAGUUUAUCAGAUUUGAAUGAACCUCCAGUGAACAUGUUGAACCCACCCAAGAUACAGAUGAUACCGAUUUCGCCACCGAAAAUGUUAGUAUCGAAGUCGUCGUCUGUUGUAUCACCUGCUACUACUAGUAGUAAGGAUGAUACAUUAGAGCGUAACAUCUUGUCUAUGGCCAGUAUGGACUUGCUCACUGCAAUACAGUCCAUGAAUGCAAUUGAAAAUUUAUUAAAAUCCCAUCAAGCAAUUAGCUUGCAAUCUAAGGAGGACAAAUUCAUCGGAUCGAUAAACAUGCAAUUGAAGCUAUUACAGACAUAUCCGUUACGUCAAGAAAAUGCGGAUGUGUCGAGAGGUUUUAGAAAUACAUUCCUUAUUAUACUCGUGUUUUAUGAUACUGGAUUUCUUGGAAAAAAUGUACCUUUUAUCCACUUAAAAGAAUUGGUAGAUCAGAUGAUAAGCCUGUUGGCCGAGAACAAGCUGGAGCAUUUAAAUCAGGCUGGAGCAUAUUAUAGGGUAAUCAAUAACAUCAUGGUGAAAAUUAUCGACAAUUCUAAUCACACCACUAUCAUAUGUGUAUUGAUCAAGCUACUUCAUUCUUGCGCCGAAUCGAACGUUCCUUCAAAGUAUGAGGAACUAGUAAUGAAGUGCUUAUGGAAGAUAGUAAAAACAAUGUCGAAUUGGGCCGCUGAUUUGGAUUACGAUACAAUACUUUUGGAAGUACAUCGUUUCCUUAAGGAUUAUCCCACUACAUGGUGGAAGAAGCGAAAGUCCGAUACUCCAUUACGGACAGUCAAGACAGUUCUUCACAGUAUGACCAGAGUAAAAGGCAGCUCGAUACUUAAUCACUUGACGUUAAUAAACAACACUAACGAAUCUGAGUUACAUGCUUACUUAAUAAGAUUAAUCGCGAGCCUUAAACCGGAUGAGAUUAAUGCCACAGCGAAAGUGAUGCCCAAAUCCAAUAAUGCGGGAAGGACGCAGAAACACCUGUCAAAGUCUACACGUCAACAAUUAGCGGAAAUAUUUAAGAAAAUUGGAUCAAAAGAGCACAUGCAGGAAGGCUUAGUACAAUUGUAUGAUUUCAAACUUCAAUACCCCGAAGCUGACGUACAACCGUUCCUGGUCAAGUCUCAUCAAUUUUUCCAAGAUUUCAUAGAACAGGGACUGAGAGAGAUUGAUCAAGCGCGAAAAAAUCAGAACAUUUUGUCGCAAGCUAACAAUCAAUAUUCUAUGGAAACCACCGAGUCUCUAGCAGCAGUUUCCGACGAAAAAGACAUGAUGGACCCGAUGUACAGGCUUGAGAAACUCCGAGCCCUCGAAGCACAAUGUAGAAUGACCUCUUCUCAGUCGAAUCCACCAUGAACGAUCAUGCGUAUAAAGUAUAUUAAUUAGGUAAGCGACAUGAUACAUAUACAUAUAUGUGUGUAAGACAAGAAAUAUUUGUCUGAAAUCUUUAUUCGCGUCUCUUGAAACAAUCGAUUCCACCGUAUUUUCCAUCGCUAAUUAUUUUCGAUUGAAGCGAGUCAUUUUGUGUAUAAAUGUUUUUCUUCUUUUUCGUACGAGACAGUCUGAUUACUUAUUCUCGAUGAAUUAAUAUCGGUCAUUUGUCAUUAAUUUAUCGUUAGCAGAAGACUUGAACAAAUGUAGAACAUAAUAAUAUAGCUGCGCCGUUAGAUAUAUACGCUACAUCGAACAGACAUUGUACAUCGUAACGAUCCAGCGUUUUAUAUUACGUUUACACAAUAUAAUAAUAAUGUUGCGUGCGUGUUAAUGAUGAAUAUGUUCUGUCUAUCCUCAGCAGUUAUGUAUAGUUAAUAAUAAUGUUAUUAUUUACGUAAGAUCUCGAAUAUGUAGUCCGGUGUACCCGGUGCAGGUAUAUAUACGAAGUUUGCAAGAUUCCGCGAACAUCAUAUUGUAUCGUGCGCAAUCUGAUUUUAUUUUAUGUUGUUUAACUUAAGAUUUUGCAUUGUCCUCUGAAUAAAUUUGUUCUUUUUUUUUUUCAAAACGAGAUCAGUUUCGAUAUCAUUACAUUCAACACAUUCGAUAUCAUUGUUAUUUUUGCGAAAUCUUCUAUUCUAGGGAAGGACAAAAGCUUUUGGAUAAUGUGUCAUUAAAUAUCUUCGAUACUUUGUAUUAUUCGGAUUUAUCGGAAAAUUGCAUUUAAGAAAAAAAAAAUAAAUUUUGCGCGUUAACAUUAGAUGAAUCCUGUAAUUUUGCAUGCAAUGCAAAAACAUAUUAUUAAUUUUCAGAUAGAUAUCAACGCGAUUUUUCAUAUCCGCAAUAUCUCGUCGCAUGAAAGCGAGAGAUCUAUAAUGAUUUAUAUCUAUUAAAUGAUUUUAUUCAAAAAUUCUGCUCUUAUAAUCCAAUUGCAAAAAUAUUAGAAAUAUUUAUUUCCAUUGUGGAGAAUAAGUUUCGUAUUUUUACAUGGAAAACAAAAUAAAAAAAAACUUGAGGUUUCGCGAAAAUAACAGCGAUGUUUUAUUUAUUGAGACGCAAAAUUUUAUCAUAUCCCUCUCAGUAUUUAUGGAGAUAGCAUCGCUCGAUGUAAUAAAGUGACGUUGAGUCGUAAAAAGCUCAUAACUAAAAAAAAAAUUUUUUAAGUUAGAAAAAUUAGAAACGUAAAUCUUCAGGUACAAAAAAGAAAUUGUUCAUAUUGAAUAUUCAACUAAAAGUUUCAAUAUCGAUAUAAUUUUAUUUAAAAAAGUCUCGAGCAAUUUUAAUAUCUUGAUUAUAAAUGAACGAAUUAAAUCUCACGAAUUAACAAAUUAUAUACGUAUUUUACUGACAAUACUACAAUUUUACAUAAAUUAAUCGUCCAUUACGAAUUAACUUAUGAUAAAUUAAAUUAUAUGUUAUUUAUCUUAAUCACAUAAAUUCUAAAAAUUAUACAAAUUAUAUAAAUUAAUUAUUAUACUACAAGUAUAAAGUAUUUGUAAUAAACGAAAAAUACACACAUAUAUACACACGCACAAAAUACGAUUAUUAAAGUUAUAAUGCAGUUAUUUUUUUUAUUGUAUUAAAUUAUCAUUGUAGAGAUACUUAUGAUUAAAAAAUUUUUAAGUUACAAGUUUUUUAUGGCUCGACAAUGAAAAAUGUAUUCAUCAUUUCUAUUAUUGAUCCUGAAAAAUAAAUAGAAGACUAGAAGAGAGCAUAGCUAAUGACAAAAAAAAAUAGAAUGUGCUUUACUAUCUGAAUAUCUUAUGAGUAUAUGACUCAAAAUUGCUAUAUUUGAGAACAUACCGCAUUUUCCGAAAACUUAUAUUCUGUAGUGUAAAUAGAACAUGUAUAUAUAUGCACUAAUAAAAGUGAUAUUCGACAAAA